CUUGGCUUUUGAAAUAAUAUCAUUGCCAAACUUGUUUAUGUUAAAGAGUUUAUGUUAUAAAGUUUGAAAGUCAAACCAUAGUGUUUUAUAAAUAUAUAUAUAUAUAUAUAUAUAUAUAUAUAAUUGUUGGAAAAAUGAUGCAGACAGAUUAUAAUCAUAGAAAUGGACAUGACCUCUGCAAAAACGCACACUACGACCCAUAUACAGAGGUGAGAAUGGCGGACACUUCAUUGAAACGCAAGCGUCACUGUGGGAGCUGGAAUGUCAAGGUCUCUGACAUUGCGCGGAACACGUUUAAUCCAAUAAGGAGCAUCGUGGACGGAAUGAGGCUUACCCCUAACCCCAGCAAGCCUAUGAUCGCAUUGUCUAUUGGAGACCCUACAGUGUUUGGUAACCUGGUUGUGCCAGAGGAGGUGGAGAAUGCAGUGGUGAAAUCCAUCAAACAGCGCAAAUACAAUGGAUACGGACCUUCUACAGGAUAUGAACAGGCCCGCCAGGCAGUCGCAGAUUAUUCAUCCUCAGAAACCUCCCAUGUGGACGCAAAGGAUGUUGUGUUGACAAGUGGCUGUUCCGGAGCUCUUGACCUGUGCAUCACGUGUCUCGCAAACCCCGGCCAGAACAUCCUAAUCCCCUGCCCUGGAUUCUCCAUUUACAAGACCCUUGCUGAGUCCAUUGGCGUGAAGGUCAAACACUACAGUCUUCUGCCAGAGAGAUCUUGGGAAAUAGACCUGAAUUACCUUGAGUCGCUGAUAGAUGACAAUACCGCAGCCAUCAUCGUGAACAGCCCCUCAAACCCUUGUGGCAGUGUGUACUCACGUAAGCACCUGCAGGACAUCCUCAGAGUUGCGGAGAUGCACAAGGUGCCCAUCAUCGCUGAUGAGAUUUAUGAGCACUUCGUAUUCAGCGGGACGGAGUACCACUCAUUGGCCUCGUUAACUGACACUGUCCCUGUUCUCUCAUGCAGCGGCCUAACCAAGCGAUUCCUCGUGCCGGGAUGGAGGCUUGGCUGGAUUGUUAUCAAUGACAGGAAUAACAUCUUCCAGGAGGAGGUUCGCCAUGGUCUGCAGUGUCUCUCUCAGAAGAUCCUGGGCCCAAACACGCUGGUGCAAGCCGCCGUCCCCGAAAUUCUCGCACACACCUCUCCGUCCUUCUACACGGACACGCUUCAGUUCAUUGAGGCGAACGCCAAACUGUUCUUCAAGAAGAUAUCCGCCAUUCCCGGACUAAAGCCCGUCAUGCCGCAGGGGGCCAUGUAUAUGAUGAUUGGUAUUGAGAUGGAGCAUUUCCCGGAGUACAAGAAUGAUGUGGUCUUCACGGAAUCGCUUGUUACAGAACAGAGCGUCUUCUGUCUGCCAGCUACUUGCUUCGACUACCCGAACUUUUUCCGUGUAGUGUUGACCGUUCCCCAGGAAAAGUUGAACGAAGCGUGCGAGAGGAUUGCGGAAUUCUGUGAGCGGCACUACCAGGAGACUAUGGAGAGCAACGGGCACCAAGUUCACAAUGAGGGCUUCGAAGAAAACUGGACCGAGUGAUUGUUUUGAACUAAGGCAGGAAUCUGAGUUUAAUAUUAAUAUGGCUAUGUACGAAGAUGAUUUAACAUGACUGCAAGACAAUAGCGUUGCCCUAUCCGGGCCUUAUUUUUAGAGGUUCAUGUUUAUGAAUGAACUGUUUAUUGUUUUGAUUGUUGGUUGUCUAAGACUUUAAUUGUUAUUGAUGGAGUAUUUUGAGAAGGGAUCACCUUCUAUAUUUACUAUCUAAUGUGAUUUAAUGUGUACAAAACUUCCUGUUAUGAAUAAAACUUGUAUUUAAAUUAUUUAUUUAAAUAUUGGUUUUGGCAAAUUGUAUAUUUAAAUCAUACACAAAGUUGAAAUAAUAGAUGGAGGUUUAAAGCAAGAGAUCUGAUAUUUUUAUGCUUAUAUAAUUCAUGCGUGAUGUUUUAUUUUUUAACUGUAUAUGAAAGUUAACAGCAUUUACUCAUGUUCAAGUACGAAUGGGGCCUUUUUUUUAAAACAUUAUUUUUGUGAUAAAAAAAAUAAAACGGUUUUAAGCACUUUAAAAGUAAAAAUCGUCCAAAUUUCUAUUUUAUUCCAAUGAUAUUAAAGUCAGUGUCUGUGAUAAUCCUAGUCCAUGUCAAAUGCUCUUAUUAUUCAUUUUUCUUCUAUUAUUAUUGUCAUGGUGAUAAAUGUAAAUGCCUUCAAAAGGAUAUUGUACAAAAUAAUAUUGUAUCUUUAAUGAGGAUGUACACCAACCCCCUUUGAGUACUGAAUAUACUCAUUAUAUUUUUUACCUGAAUCCUAUUAAAAGCUUUGAUAGUCUGUGUACCAAAUAAACAAAAUUGCGUUUUUGCAUUCUGAGUACCACACUCUUGAGACCCAAAAAGCCUCUGAAAAAUGCGUACUGAUAUUGAGGGUUCCCGCCUCAAUUUUUUAAGAAUCUCAACAAGAGAAUCUCAGAUCACAAAACUUAUUCAAUCUUCAUGUACUAUGCAUGUACUGUUUCAAUAGACUGUGUGAUUUUGCAGACAGCUGGAACUUUAUAAUUGUAUUUUGUGUAUAGUUACAAGAAAAAUGUUAUUAAGAAUGUUAGAAACCAUCAUGUACAAUGUUGAUUCACAUACACUUUAUAACAAAGACGUUGAAAAAACAAUGAAUUCAAUUAAUUUCUUGGACUUAGAUUACACUUGCAAAAAACUAAGCUUAUAUUUCACCAUUUUCUUGAGAUGAUCUGUCCCCAACUCCUUGAAAAAUUUUAAGUCCAUAACAAGCUUAAUAAAAAAAAGAGAAUAAUAUGUGUAAUUUUGAAUUCUUUACAAUUUUUUGGACUUAAAGAAAAUGGUUUUUAUGAUAAGCAUGAUGAAAAUAAGGCUCAAGUAAGAACUUUGGCUUAAUGAAAUAGCUUUUUAAGCUUGUAAUGCUUAGGCCGUAAGUAGGUCUGAGAAAUAUUUGCCUUGCUGUAUUGUAUUAAUAUUUUAUUGUUGAAUAUUAUAUGAAGAUUUGCUCACUGAUACUUAAUAUAUUAAUGUUUCAUUAGUUAUUAAAUUUUGUUUUACGUAUUAUAUAUCAUCAUGUCUUAUUUUACAAUAUAUAUUUAUAAAAAAAAAUUCAGUCAUAAAAAGGACCAAAGUACAAUCAAAAUAUUUUGAGUCUCACAGUUCUGACUAAUAUUGUUAGUUUAAGGCCACACCAAAUCGAUUCUAUGAUUAACAUCAGGUUCCAAUAUAAAAACCUAUCUACACCACUGGAAAAAAACAAAGGGCUUGAAUUCGCCCAAUCAUAUUUAAGUUUAACUUACACUAUAACAGAUUUUACCAAAAAACUUAUCAAGUAGGUCACACAUGCAUACAUAUUUAGGUAAUUCGUGAACAAGAAUAUUAACUUUUCACAUUCUAGCCCUUUUUUCUUGUUCUAUUUUAUUUUUUAAAUUUUUUAUUUUCUAAAUAUUCAUUAUCAACCCCGAAGAUCCAUUUACGUUGGCUCAAUUUUGAGUUCGUAAUUUUUGCUUUAAAUGAAACGAAGCCUUAAACCUACCCAACAAAUGAUGCUAAACAUAUUAUUAAUUUGGCAUGGUCUGAGCUCCAUUAGUAAUAUUCCUAAGCUAGUCAUUUGUAAUAUGGAGAAUAAUAUAAUAAACUUUUAUUUUAGUGGUCAUUCUAAUUUUUAUUGAAUGUUGUACUUUUUGUAUUAUUUAUGUUUUUAUAUGCCUGUUCAUACAAUGGGAUGUAUUAUUAUACUUUUACUUGUUACUAUGAUGGAAGUUGUCCUGUAUGUUGUCCGAUCAAUAACUUUAGAAGCUUUUGUCCAAUCAUCACCAAACUUGGUCAGAAUGUGUAUAAUAUAACCUUGACAUAAUGUCAUGUACAGAUUUGAUAACCAGCUAUAUCGCUCGAGUCACACAAGAGAUAUCCUCCGUUAAUUAUAGAAAUUACUUGAAAUCAGUCUUGUCCGAUCAAUUACUUUAGAGAUGCCAAAUAGCCAUCAUCACCAAAUUUGGUCAGAAUCUGUAGGGGCAUAAAAUCUUGGACAUAUUGGAUCAACAGCCAUAUCGCUGGAGUUAUGACUCUUGAAUUGAUAAAAACUGUAUUUACAGUGUCAACUUUCUCCAUUUGGCUAAUGGACAACUAUUUAACACCAAACUUGGUGUCCUAAAAAAAGGACAGGCGUACUUUGCGACAGCUGGUGCUUUGGUUACAUAAUUGCUUAACAACAUCCCGUUUUGUUCCAUUUAAAACUUACAAAAUUAUAUAUUCAAACAAAUUUUCAGACAAAAAAUUGUUUAACAUUACCGGUAUAUUAUGUUCAACAAUAUUUAAGUUCAUUACUUGUACAAAAACAUGACAAUAAGUUGCAUGUCAAAGAAACUUUUCAAAAGGUCAUACUAAGUUUUUCUUAAAAUUGUAUAAAAUACCAUUUUCAUGUACAAUAUCAUUUUUUUUUGGUAAACUCAAUACUGGUUGUGAAUUUAAUAGGAUUGACAGUGUGUAGCUGUUUUUUCUCACCUGAAACAACUUUAUUAGUGACCCUUUCUUAUAUCUUUAACCCUUUGCAUGCUGGGUAAAUUGUCGUCUGCUCAAAAAUGUCGUCUGGUUUAUUCUAAAUUUCUUUCAAUUUACUUAAAACUUUGGGCAUAUAUUGACUGAGUGGCAAAUAGCUUGGAACCUGACCAGGCGCCGAGUUACUCGGCGUCUGGUCUGGUUCCAAGCUGUUUGCAAAGCCUUUAAAAUCGCCAUCAGCAGCCAAAGGGUUAAAAAUGUUUGCUUUAGGAUUAAAAGUUUACAUAUAAGGAACAACAAUGAGUCAUAAUUUAUUUCAUGUAUAUAUCAUGUAUAAAUAUUGAGAUAGAAAUCUUUAUAUUUUAUGUAUAGACAUUUCUGGAAAUAAGACAGAGUUUAGCUUUAGAAUGAUCAACUCUCAUGUAUGCAUAAUCCAGUUAUUUAUGUUUAUUUAAUAAAUUUGUGAAGAAACA